AUGGAGCGCCAGCCUCCACUUCCCGCCCGCUCAGUUCCGGCUCCCGCCUGCUCAGGUCCUGCUUCCGGUCGCUCAGUUCCGGCUCUCAAACGCGGCCAGAAGAGAAAAUCGACCUCCGAGCUAGCGCCAUCUACGUCGGGUGUUACCACAGUACGUGCUGAGGACGCGCCGAACAAAGGCUUCAUAGGAGUGCGCUGGCGGCAAUACCCUUACGGCAUCAGAUUCAUUCCUCGCGUGCGAGUGCCCAAGACACGGUACGAUCUACCCCUUGGCGAGUACCGCACAUGUGAAGAAGCCGCGCUAGUUCGUGAUGUGGCUGCAUACUAUUACGGCAAGAAAGGAGCUUUCAAUUUCAGGAAUGACUACCCCAGCUUCCUUCCGGAGAUUUCUUCUCAGCUUUCUCGCCAGGAAAAGAUCGAUUGGGUGUCCGCUCGUGCCAAGGAACGCGGCAGGACUUUGUUUCCUAAGCCUCUCAACUCUGUAUCCCUCAAUACCUCUUCAUCUUCGUCUCAGUCAAAGUUAGUCUUGCCUCCACCUCAAUCUUUGCCCAUGCCCAUGCCAUUUGUUAGUAAUGCUCACGGCAAUCCUCUCCUUACUGCACAACCCUUGCCUGCCGUCACGGUUGCAACAUCCAGCCAUGUCCAGAGGCCUUGGACUAGUUCUCCAGUUGCUCCAUUAUCGCUGCAAAGCUUCACGUUUUCUUCUCUACAAUCAAGGAAGCAUGAAAGUUGA